GCACGCAAGCGUAGGUGCUCAUACAGUGCACUUUUUUUCUCUCUUUUUGAUGACUACAGAAUGCCUCCAUCUUCGUGCACUCUCAUUUAUAUUAACAGCAUAAAUUAGCAGUAUAUAUCCACCAAAUAUUCUAUAUUUGGCGACAUAGAACUGAAUAUACAUUAUAGUUCAUGCGUAUAAAGAAAUUAACAGUAUAUAUCUAACCUAUGUUUUCCCUGUGGAAGUAUUUUAAGAUUGUUAGAUAUCUUAAGACGGAUGGUAUAAAAGUUCAUUUUGAGCACAAGCCUCCAGAUAGUUUUUAGAAUUUCAUUUUUAACUUAGUGGUAAUCUGGGAGUUCUUCUUAGCCCAUUGAUAUUUUCCAAGCAUGUAAUUGGAGGCUGGGAGCACAAAAAAGGUUCUAAGCCAAGGUGCUACCUAAUUCUCUUUUCCAGGUUUGUGAUGUUUCCAUCUAGUUUCCUGCAAUAUCAACAAAGCAACGUUCCAAGUCCAACUUGUCAUGCUAGGUUUAGAACAGCAUAUUCUAUCUAAUUGGUUCAUACCCCCCCCCCCCUAGCUUUUGCACCAGGUUUCGGGAGAUCCUGUGGCUGCCCACAGCACACCGAGAGAUGAGCAUCCCUUUGGCUCCCCAUCCUCUCACCCCCUCUUCGCUGUAAGUCAGCAGUCUUUUCUGUGGCGCACUGGCAUGACCAUAUGGGGACCAUAGAAUAUCCCCCAAAUAACCUUCUUAAAGUCUUUUAUACACUCAUAUUUAGGUCAGAAAGACCAUGCUCCCUCACCAACCUUGCUGUCCCCAGGCUUUCAACCACAUGUCACCAGUCCCCACCCUUCCAGGUCCCAGCUUCAAAAACUCCCCAGUCCCCACUUUAUGGUCCAAAACAAGGGGCAUCAGCAGACCAAGUAUUUAUACGGAAGAAAAAGCCCAUGAUGGGGAGAGGAAUGAGACACAGACUCCAAGGGAAACCGACUUUCAGCUGACAAAGCAAUAGUAAAAGAAAUAUAUAUGGAGUCCACGCCACCGCAUUUUAGUCCCUUCUUUCCCCUAUAAGAACCCAGUUCAAGCAGAAUAACCAACCUAAACCCAGCCAAGAUGACAACUUUAACACUUUGCACCCCCUCUUCUUCUUCUUCGUCUUCUUCCCAUCUGUCAUGUUGCAUCUCCAGUUCAACUACGGAAGAUGUUCGUUUGGGAUCCCCUCUUCUUCGGAGGCAGUUCGUCUUCUACACCAAUUGGAGGAAAGGCAGGAGAGGAAGAGGAGCGAGCUGUGGGAUCUCAUGCUCGGCUGAGGCCAGGACUGUGGUGAUUGGUUUGGCAGCAGACUCAGGAUGUGGGAAGAGCACCUUCAUGAGGAGGCUAACCAGUGUGUUUGGAGGUGCAGCAGAGCCACCAAGAGGAGGAAACCCAGAGUCCAACACUCUUCUCAGUGACACCACCACUGUGAUAUGCCUUGACGACUACCACCUUUUGGAUAGGGAAGGGAGGAAGGAGGAAGGGGUGACCGCACUGGAUCCAAGGGCCAACAACUUCGACCUCAUGUACGAGCAAGUGAAGGCCCUCAAAGCAGGGGUGGCUGUGGAGAAGCCCAUCUACAACCAUGUCACCGGCCUGCUGGACCCCCCCGAGCUCAUCCUGCCACCAAACCUCCUCUUCAUUGAAGGGUUGCAUCCAAUGUUUGACCCUCGUGUAAGGGAUCUCCUGGAUUUCAGUAUCUACUUGGAUAUAAGUGAUGAAGUGAAGUUUGCAUGGAAAACUCAGCGUGAUGUGGAAGAACGUGGGCACAGCCUCGAAAGCAUCCAAGCUAGCAUUGAAGCUCGAAAGCCCGACUUCGAUGCUUAUGUUGACCCGCAGAAGCAAUAUGCUGAUGUCGUAAUCGAAGUUUUGCCGACACAAUUAAUUCCUGGUGACAAUGAAAGGAAGGUGCUGAGAGUUCGAAUGGUGAUGAAAGAAGGGGUGAAGUACUUCAAUCCAGUUUAUCUCUUCGACGAAGGUUCCUCUGUUUCAUGGAUACCCUGCGGGAGGAAACUAAGCUGCUCAUACCCUGGAAUCAAAUUCUUCUAUGGUCCAGAUACUUACUUCUCUCAUGAGGUCUCGGCGUUGGAGAUGGACGGGCAGUUUGACAGAUUAGAUGAGCUGAUGUAUGUGGAGAGCCACCUAAACAACCUCUCAACUAAAUACUAUGGAGAGGCAACGGAGCAGAUGUUGAAGCAUGGCGACUUCCCUGGUAGCAACAAUGGGACAGGCCUCUUUCAAACCAUUAUUGGCUUGAAGAUAAGGGAGCUCUAUGAGUGCAUCGUUGCUGAGAAGUCAGUCACUCCUUUGGAAGCAGCAAAAGUUUUUUAAUCCACUAGUACAAAAUUACCUAGAGUUUUUUUCUCUUGGGCUUCAUUUGAUGUUCGGGCUCCUUAAAGAGAACAUGAUGACUUGUAUUCAAUGUAAUUUACUUUGUGAUUUGUAUAGCAUGGAAGCAGUGGUGUAAGAAUGUAACAAAUUUUAGUUUAAUGUCCAUUGAUAAUGGGGUGAUCAGAACCCCUUGAAUGAAAAUAAUAAAUUUUGAUAUCACAUGCCCCGUGUUGGAAGCUGAAAUCGUUUCGCUUUAGCUGUCAUUCAUGG